GGAGUUUCGUAUUUAUCGAAUGGAGUGUGUGCGUUGUGUGACUCAACGUGUUCAACAUGUGGAACAGAUGGUAUUUGCACACGAUGUAAAUCCAAUUACGUCUUUUAUGAACCAAAACAAAUUGGAUGUUUGAGUUGUACUUCAUUUGACACAAAUUGUGCGUCUUGCAGUUUGUCAAGUUCCAGAAAUUGCACCACAUGCAAAUCAAUAAUGUAUCCCGAUGUUUCAAAUGGAAAAUGUAAAAGCUGUGAUGCUUCAUGUGGUGGGAGUUGUGACACAACAAAUGGAAUUUGCACAAAUUGUGUUUCUGGAAAAGUUUUCAAUGAUCCAAAAGGAUUAACAUGUAUUGACUGUUCUACAUUCGAUGUCAACUGUGUUGCAUGUGCCUCAAAUGGAGAAAGAAAGUGUAUCGCGUGUUGUGAGAACAGUGGGUUUUAUUUGUUCAAUGGAAGGUGUGUGGUGUGUGACUCAACUUGUAAAGCAAAUACAUGUGACUCGACAAGUGGAUAUUGCUCGCAGUGUUUGUUGAAUUACACAGUGACUUCUCCAAUAUCGAAAGUCUGUGUGAAGUGUUUUGAAUUUGAUUCAUACUGCUCGAAAUGUGCAACUGACUUCACCAGAAAGUGUGAGUUGUGUUCGAAUGGUAAAUACCCAAAAUCCACAGAAGGCUAUAAAUGUGUCAGAGUUGUGACUCGACGUGUGGUAGUCAAUGUAGUGGUUCAACUGGAUUUUGUACAGGGUGUCUGUCAAAUUACGUGUUUUCCACAACAAACAGUUUGUGGGAUGUACCCCGAUGAAUCAACUAAGAAAUGCAAAUUGUGCAGUACAACAUGCAAUGGCAAUUGUGAUCAAACCAGUGGUAUCUGCACUGCCUGUAUGACUAAUUACGUGUUUGAAAAUACAAAGAGUAAAGUGUGUGUCACUUGCAAAACAUUUGACAGCAACUGCAAAACAUGCAAAUCAGACUACACGCGAAAAUGUGUUGAUUGUGAAAAUGGGUAUUAUCCCAACGACUCUGGAAUGUGUGUGCCUUGCAGCACGAUUGAUACAAAUUGCAAAACGUGCAAUUCAAGAAUAAAAGAGUGUUUGACAUGUAACGACCCGUAUUACUUAUCCAGUCAGAAGUGUGUGAGUUGUCCUUCUGGCAGUUACAAAAACACUGAAACAUCAUGUGGACAGUGUUGCAAUGAUCUGCCCAAUUGCCAAACAUGUUCAACGCAAUCUGUUGGUGUUCCUGUGUGUUUGUUGUGCUAUUCUCCGUAUGUCUUGGCUUCUCAAACAAAAACGUGUGUGAGCUGCACAUCUUCCCAAAUAUACAACAAAACAACACAAAAGUGCGACAGCAAUGCUAUUGGCUGUUUGACAGGAUUGACCGAUCAGCAGUGUUUGCGAUGUGAUGGGUCGUAUUACCUUUCUGAAUACAAAUGUGUUGCAACAAACAACUGUAACACCCAUCAACAGUAUCAAAGGUAUCAUGUGACUGUGCACACCAGAUAUCAGUCAACUCGGAUUGCAAGACCAAAGCCUCAAAUUGCAAAUAUCAAAGAAAUUACAAAACCCAAAGUGAGUGUAUUCACUGUGAUGACAAUUAUUUACUCAAUGGAGCGACUUGUCAGAAGGUAG